CCGAAUUUUCACGUAUCAGUCUUAUCGAAAAAGGCAAGGGAAAGCAGACUUGGGAACAAUUUACAGACUCUUGACAAAAUCGUAGGAUCAUCACCGUCAAGACUGAAAAUCUCCGCCGUACCAGAUUUUUGGAAUCCCCCAAUUUAAGCCAAAACGUGGAACCGGCUGCUGGCUAGUAGCAUCUUCCUCAAGCCUCCCUCUUGUUACUUGGCGUCCAAAAUAGUUCCCAGGUUCCAUACGAUAUACACGCACACACAAGCCGCGGCUGAUCAAUUUUUUUUCUUCUCUCUUUCUCCUGGCACGCUUUGAGUCAUUCUCCAUCGAGACCCGCCAUCGGACCUUAUCUUGCCCGCCAGCUCCUCUAUAUUAUCGGACCCUCCCUCCUCCUUCUACCUAUUUACCCUCCCCUUCACUCCCUCAACAACAACAUCCCGUCUCAACUCUUCUCCUCAUCUUCAUUCUUCCUCCUCCACCUAUCCCACCAAAUCGACACAAUGGCUCCCUCCGCUAUCCCUACUCAGGACGUCGACCUCACCGCGGCCAACAUCCAGGUCAAGGAGGCCACCCAGCCCACCAAGCCCAGCAAUGGCACCACGCCCGCCCCCCUCGAUGCCUCCAAGCUCAUCUACAACCUCACCAAGGACCCCCGUCCCGUCCCCGGCGAGGAGGUUGCCAAUGCCAGCGACCAGACCAUCUGCACCGACCACAUGCUGACGGCCACCUGGUCCGCCUCCGAGGGCUGGGGCGCCCCCGAGAUCAAGCCUUACGGCCCCCUGAGCCUCAUGCCCACGGCCUCGGUCCUGCACUACGCCACCGAGUGCUUCGAGGGCCUCAAGGCCUACCGCGGCUACGACGGCAAGCUGCGCGUCUUCCGCCCGGACUGCAACUGCGCCCGCAUGCACAUGUCCGCCGGCCGCAUCUCCCUGCCCCUCUUUGAGCCCGCCGAGCUGCAGAAGCUCAUCAUCGCCCUGCUGGCCGUCGACGGACCCCGGUGGCUGCCCAAGAACGAGCCCGGCCGCUACCUGUACAUCCGCCCGACCCUGAUCGGAACCCAGUCCCAGCUCGGCGUCCAGGCGCCCCGCGAGGCCCUGCUGUACAUCAUCGUCACCUACAUGCCGCGCCUUGACAGCCCUCCCGGCGGCAUGCGCCUGCACACCUCUCCCGAGGACAUGGUCCGCGCCUGGGUCGGCGGCUUUGGCUACGCCAAGGUCGGUGCUAACUACGGCCCCUCGCUGGCCGCCACGGCCGAGGCCCGGGCCCGCGGCUACCACCAGAUCCUGUGGCUGUACGGCAAGGACGGCGAGUGCACCGAGGCCGGUGCCAGCAACUUCUUCAUCGUCUGGAAGCGCAGGGACGGCAAGACGGAGCUCAUCACUGCUCCCCUGGACGACAAGCUCAUCCUGGACGGUGUUACGCGCCGAAGCAUCCUGGAGCUGGCUCGUUCGCGCCUGAGCGACGAGUUGGAGGUGACGGAGCGCAAGUACACCAUUGACGAGGUCAUUGAGGCCGAUGCCGAGGGCCGUUUGGUCGAGGCUUUCGCCGCUGGAACUGCCUACUUUGUCUGCCCCGUCUCGGCUAUCCACCACCGCGGCAAGGACAUAAACAUUCCCAUGGGCCCCGAGAACACGCCCAACGUCAUCACCUCCAAGAUCAAGACCUGGAUUGGCGACAUCAUGUACGGCAACGUCGACCACGAGUGGGGCGUUGUCAUUCCUGAGCGGGAGUAAACCCGAAAAGGCGGAGCUGCGACGAAGAACGGGAAAUGGCACGACGUUGACGAUGAUGACUUGUUUAGAUUUUUAUUGCAUGGGAAAAGUCGAAGGGUUGUAUGAUUUACACAAGGGAUGAAUGGGCGUUCAAUGGCGAAUGGGAGCAUGUCGCGACAUGGCCGUGAUUUUGAAGACGGGAUGCUGCGGGCUGAGGAACAUAGAUACAUAAGCGUAUGUACUUGGUAGC